AUGACGACCGAGUCGCCCCGAGCGACGGGUCAGGUUGUGCGCUUGACCAACGGGCAGUUGUAUACGGCUGAUGGAUUUGUUCGUGAGGAUCUUUGGAUCGAGAAUGGGCGCAUCGUCAACCCAACCGAGCUCUUCUUUGCCGAACGGCGACAGCUCCCUCGACAGGCAGGAGAUGCCCACGGCGCUGCUGUAUUGGGCGUUCACAUUGAAGGCCCCUUUAUCCAUCCCGAAAAAAAGGGUGCACACCCUGAACAAUGGAUCCGUAGCUCCAACCUUUCCAUCGCUGACGUCGAAGCCGUUUACGGCUCCUUGGACAAUGUGGCCUACGUCACCAUGGCUCCUGAGCUUGAAAACGCCGUCGAUGUCACCCGGGAGCUUGUGCGUCGAGGCGUUCGCGUCAGCCUGGGUCACACUCACUCCAAUCUUGAAGAAGCACACACUGCAAUUCUCGCCGGCGCCAGCUGUCUCACACAUCUCUUCAAUGCCAUGACCGGCUUUCACCAUCGUAACCCCGGAGUCAUCGGCCUGCUCCCUUACGCUGCCGAAGAUCGCUUCACCAUGUAUUAUGGCCUCAUUGUCGAUGGCUAUCACACGCACGAUGCCAGUAUUCGCCUGGCCCAUGCCAUGCACCCUCGCGGUUAG